AGGACGAAAUAUAAUUAGUACAGAGCUCAAGUAUGAUACUUAACCAACAUUUCCUGAUAGAGUUACCAUAACAAUGUUCGACCCACUCCAUAAAACCCCCAUUGUCUCUGCCCUAUCUUUCAAAAAUCACCCAUAGAGACGACAUUUAUGGCGCGCAGCUUUUUUUAUUUGACAUUUUAUACAAGUUUAUUCAAACAUAAUGAUAGCAUCACAGACGUUAUCUUUCUAUGCAGCGUUACCGCGAGCUCCGGCCUGAUAGCAUCUGGGGCCAGCCAAUGCUAGUUAAACCAACCUGAUAAGGAAUCGGGCGCGCUAGUGUGGGUCGCCGUGCACACACGCCCGCGCGGCGCUGUGUGCGUGGAGGGGAGUCCGCGCGGCAGCCAGUCACUCAGUUUACGCGGGAAAAGCAUGACGGUGCGAACGAAUAUUCGGUCUGUUGAAGACAAUUGUAGUGUUUAAAAGUGUUUCUGUAGCUUCUGUGAUGUUAUUGUGGCUGAGGUACCUGAAACAGCUGGAGCUGGCGUGCGCCGGUGUCCCGCCAGGCGGCGCUGUCGACGUCAAAACAUUGUGUGAGGACGAGGAAUGGGGAAACGAGAGCGAGGCGAUGCCAGGAGAACCUCGCACGCCGAGCUCGGGGGGAGAGCGGGCCGCGUCGAGCGGCGGCGCGUCGCCCGCGUCGGCGUCGGCGGGCUCCCCGGCCGCCUCGCCGCCGCGCCUGCGCCUCAACACGAGCCUCGCCACUGACCCCGCCCUGGCGCCCUCCGCCACGCCGGUCAAGCGCGAGCUCCCUUCGCCCUCUCCUCCGCCGCCGCCUGCAACGACGCAAGCGCAAGCCAGGGACUACCUCGCUCUAACAGCGGCGGCGUUCCCUGCGCUCUUCCCGGUCGCUCCGACCGGCUACAUGUGCCAGCCAUGCGGCAUUCGCUAUUCUUCUCUAAGCACGUUGCAAGCGCACCAGGAGCACUACUGCUCGAACAGGCGGCCGAAGCCUUCGGAAUCUGUGGAACCGGGCGCUGAUGCAGCAGGAGAUGAAUCCAGUAGCGAUGCGAAGACUCCGAGACGUACAGGAAAGCAAUAUGCUUGCACCUACUGCUCGUAUAGCGCUGAUAAGAAAGUCAGCCUUAACAGACACAUGCGCAUGCAUUCUUCAUCUCCAGUCAGCAGCGGGACCCCUGCCCCGACCCCGACUUCUAACGGAGAAGCUACCGAAGGCCAACCGUCGCCCGAUCGGUACUGCACUGACUGUGAUAUAAGGUUCAGCUCGAUCCAAACGUUUAGAGCUCAUAAAACACAUUACUGUAGCACGAGACAGGUGGUGAAACCUGCUGCAGCUUCAGCGAGAGGAAGUUCUGUAACCUCAGGGUCUGCGCCUCCAUCCCCUGGAGCCACACCACCCGCCCAGAACCAAUAUGCGCUAGCCCUGCCUACGAAUCCUAUACUGAUCGUCCCGUACUCACUGCUGCGGGGCGCGAGUACCCUCCCGGGCACAACUCUACCAGAUCCCGACACGCCGUGCUUUUUACUGCCGAACGGCACAUUUCAACCGCUCAGCCGAGCUAUACCAAAUAUGAAUUCCGAUGGAAAAGAAGCCGAAGUUUUAAAGUCCGCCAAUCGGCCUCGGGAAUCUUUGAAAGAUGGUGGUACUCCUUUGGAUUUAAGCGUGCGGCGGACUCCUGAAUCAGUUGGUACUGAUGAGCAUGAGAAGGAAAAUAGGCUGCGAUCCGCGACGCCUGAACAGAUUGUCUGCGCGCCGUCUCUCCCGGGAUCUCCAGGCACACCGUCGCCACAGCGUCGAUCAUCAUCUCCUACCGGAGAGAGCUCACCAAAGCGCCGACGACGAGACUCCAGAGGGCCAACGCCAAAGCCCCCAAGCGUCCCCUCCCCACCCGAAGGCAAAUUCAUCCCCGUACCGCCUGCAAUCCUGCCGCCAGCCCUGGCCAUGCGUCUAGCCUCAGAACUCCCUCUGGCAGCCGCUUCCCCACAAGUUCUAGUCAAGCAAGGUGUGUCUAAAUGCAAAGAAUGCAACAUCGUCUUCUGCAAAUACGAGAAUUAUCGCGUGCAUAAGCAACACUAUUGUAACUCGGGCGGGGACGAGCGGGUGAGUCCUGCGCCUCCGGAGCCUGGACCCCCGCCUCAGUACCGCCAGCUCUACUGUUUGGCUUGUGGGAUCCACUUCAGUUCUUUAGACAACUUGGCAACGCAUCAGAGCUACUACUGCACGAAGCGCGAGACGCGUUCACCUCGGUCUGUUCCUGAGGCUCCCAGGCCCGCAUCUGGGUCGGAGGGAGGAUGGAAGUGUCCGUGCUGCGACGUGGUAUCGCCGACAGCGGCAGCAGCGCAGCGCCAUAUGGAGGCACACGCAGGCGUCAAGGCCUUUCGCUGCACCAUCUGCCGCUAUCGCGGCAACACACUGCGCGGGAUGCGUACUCACAUACGAAUGCACUUCCCGAAGAAGCCUGCUGAUUUGCAGGAAGAGAGCUACAUAGCCUGCGUGGUCGAAGAAGACAGCCGCGAAACCACUUCCCCCGCCCCCGCCGUAGGGGAGCGCGUGCACCGCUGCAGCUCGUGCGCCUACACCUCCACCUACCGCGGCAACGUCGUCCGCCACGCCCGCCUAGUCCACGCCACCGACGAACCAGAAACAGAGGAAACCUCCCCCAUCCCCGCCGUGGACAUCAAAAAAGAACCGGCAGAUACAGAAGAAGAAACACCCAACUACUGCAAAUCUUGCGAUAUUUCGUUCAAAUAUGUCAACACUUAUAAGGCGCAUAAGCAGUUUUAUUGCACGGCAAAUAACCAGGAUGCCGCGGCAAAUAAUAAUGUGCCGGCGGCGCUGCCAACCGCGCGGGUUAACGAAGUGCUUUGAAUGUUGCGUUUGAAAUUAGAAACGUUCAGAAUGAGGAUUGAGGUGAUUAUCAGGAUUAGAAUAGACCAGUCAUAGAUAGGUCUUUGAAAAUUAAUGUAGUGUCAUUAUCGAGUAGCGACUCAUUCUUGACGCAACUGUAUGUUAAAGGGAUAAUUCAAUUUGUACUUAUAUCUUUUUUAACUUAUAUCAGCGUCUUUCUCUCCAGAGUUGCAACUCGAUUGCGCUUGGUUAUAAAAUUAAGUGAAAUCGUAUCUAAAACUUUUGGAUCUAUAUUAUAUCAUGUGCAAUAAUUGAAAUAAUCGAUAUAUUAUACUGCAUAUCAACGCCAAAUUUAACGGUUUGAAUUUAAUUUGAUUGGACAUAACGGCUUAUGUAAAUAGCUCUCAAUAUAUAGUUUUUUUGUUAUUGUUAUUUAAAAUUAAAGUUAAUCGUGUAUGUAUUAGUUAACGUUAAAAACUACCAAAUUGUAAAUAUUAAAGUAUGUGUAAAGAUAUUAUUACAUCAUAACGAAAUUUUAUUACCAUUUGUUCUAAGCAAUUGUUCUUAAUUUGUUGUUAAUUUUGUUUAAUAUUAUUAUUAUGAACCUGAGUAUUUAAAGUCGUACUCAAUACAGGUACAUUACAUACAGUGCUAUAGCUAUCAGUAAACUAAAUAUUAUAAUGGUUUCACCAAAAAUGUGACAUGAACGGCAUACAUUUUACACAACUAUACUUAAGCAAAGAAAUCUUACAAGAGCAGAAGGCAGAUAUCUUCUAUCGUUAAAAAUUUAUAGAUGCAGGUAUUACUACUUAUCUCACUCUAACGGAUAGCUGCCUCUUGCUCUAGUAAGUUUGCAAACUGCAAGAAAGACCACGAGUUGUUUUACAUGCAACGAACUUACUCAUCAGUUUUUGAAAUCAGAGCCAUCUAUAUUUCUGUGCUGACUACAUUAUAUUGUUUCUGACAUUCGUGACAUCUAAAAGGGAGCCUCGUUUAUAUGCUACUUUUAUCUUUUAUUCCGAAAUAAGUAUCAAAGGUUAAUCUCUUUUUGGAGUAUGUAUAAACAUAUUUGCCCUAACAUGCGCUAAAGAGAUGAAUUAUUUUUAUGUAAAAAUAUAGACAUACAAUUCAUGCAUUACGUCACAUUUUUGCCGAAAUUUCAUACUGUAAUUUGUAAGUAUCUUUUUAAAGCAUUUUAAAGAUACAAUCUCAACUUUAUCCUUUUCAGUUUAGGAACAUACAGUCACCUGCAACAAUAUGUUACACAACGAAGGCCGCAAAAAUAUCUCACACGAUCUUGUUUGUAGAGCCAUACGAGCGUGUCACAUAUUUUUUGCGGCCUUCGAAGAGUAACAAAUUAUUGCAGAUGACGCCUUACUUUUUACUUAGGGGACGUUCCGUUGCACGCAGAAAUAGAUUAAAAAGCAUUUGGAUAAAUAAGGAAUUAAGAUAAAUACCAUGUUUUGUCAAUGCCAAAGCAUCGCUAGCGUAUCGUAUGCAUUUAUAGCUAUCUCACUAAUAUAGUUAUAGAAUAAUAAACACAAGACUUAUCUUUAGAAUUGUAAAUUGUCACUGUGUUGUCUCGAAAUGUGUUUAAGUUCUGGUUUUUGAAAAGGUAAACGAGCCGUACGAUUACUAGCACCACUAUAUAAUCAACGUAGAGUCUGUGCGGAAGGAGAAGAGGCGUAGAAUGUAUUGGAUCCCAUACAUUUAUCGACUCUUCUCUUCUCUGCGAAAUCGACCCCACACUUCCGUUCGCGGCUUCGCGACGCGAUUCGCGCACGAGUGUGAAGGGGGCUUAUGAAACAGCCAAAUUUUUUUUCACGAAUUUGGGGUUGGUCCCAUAGUAAAAGUUGCUCAGUAUAAUCCCACAACCUCCCUGGCAACGGGAAUGCAGUUAUUUUUUAGCCACCCUGUAUGUAUAAUGGCAAUAAAGAUGUUUGAAGUUUGAAAUAUUGGUGGUUAAUUUCGCUAAUAAUACUGUUGCCAGUUGUAAAAUGUAAAACUUACCGUUGUCAUCUAAUUCUGCAGAAGACAAAUCUUCUGUACAAAAUUAAAAAUAUUAUGGUAUGUCUGUCUGUCAAAAAAAUAGAAAGAGACAUCCCAUGCUAGUAACGUACGGUUUAAUUACUUUUUAUCAUAAUUACUUGUAACCGAAUUUAGUCUACUUUGUUGUUAUCAACCAGGUUAUUUAUAUCGUUACGCUUAAAUUGAAAAUAACGGUAAUUUCAGUAAGACGACAUAAAAUAUUUGUGUAAACAACACAGUGUAACCGUUUAUUUUUUUAAUUUAAACAUAACCGCAUAAAAUGGUUGUCAUAAAUCGUAUUCUUCCAUCAAUAUAGUUGGAAUGUCAAUCAUUAAUGACGUUAUAUCGAUAUAAGUACAGUCAGUUUGUAUUGUUGUAUUCUUGCUUGACGUACCUAUUAAACUUUUUUAUAUUUUCGGAUUUAAUGUCAUCAGUGCAUUCGACAAAAUAAAAUCCAAAUCCGUCUAGGAUCGUAAAAAUCACGUUACAGUCAACAGCAGAAGUCAAAGCCAUCACAGACUGCACGUAUCGAUAGUGUGUAAGGUGGUCGCUACGAGCUUUAAGGACACCGCUAUAAGUUAGAGCGAGAAAGAGAUUUUGACCGCACGAAGGUCGCGAUGCGGUAGUCUUUUACGGCUUUAACUUUGGUCAAAAUUAUCUGCACACCACGCUCUUGCUCGCUUAACAAUAAAGUUGUGCUCAAAUAAUUUUGAACGCCUCACAUGCUUAGCAAUUUUUGACUGUUGACUGUACGAGUGUACGUACGCAAUAUUUCUUUAUGUAUGUUUAUUAACCCUUUGAACGCCAAGCCUAUCGUGUGAGACAUCGUGAAGAUUGUCGGAAUGCACGAACGUUAAUAUUUAGCUGAAAGCCUACCGCGAACCACGUUCGACGUGUUGCCUCUCUGUCGCACUUGUAAAUUCGUACUUAAGUGUGACACGUCUUUGGCGGUCAAAGGGUUAAAGAAAAGAAAAUUGAGUCAAGUAAGUCUAA